AUGACGACUCCGGAGAUGUAUGCUGUGGCGGACUUUUGCCUGAUCCCGAUGGGAACGCCGACGACGUCGGUCGGCGAGUACAUUACAGAGUGCCAGCGUGUGCUCGACGGCAUGGCCGAGCAGGGUAUUCGAUACGAGGUGCGUUUCUCUUCUAACCCAGAUGCAGCGCUGCAAAAAUGCCACGAAGCCGUGCACGCGCUGGGCGUCGAGCGCAUCGCGACGGAUAUCCGCCUUGGCACGCGCACGGACAAGCCGUCCGGCUCACAGGACACUGCGCACUGGGCACAGGGCCUGACGGAAAACCAGCGCAAGCGCGAGAGCGUGCUGCGUCGGCUCGAUGCAAAGGACGCGUAG